AUGAAGCCACCAGACCUUCAAUACACCAAGCCACCAAGCCUUCAAGCCACCAAACCAUCAAGCAACCAAGCCUUCAAGCUAUCAAGUCAUCAAAACACCAAAUCAUCAAGUCAUCGAACCUUCAAGCCAUCAACCACCAAGCCAUUAAGUCAUCGAACCAUCAAGCCACCAAACCCUCAAGCCACCAAGCCAUUAAGUCAUCGAACCAUCAAGCCACCAAUUCAUCAAGCCAACGAGCCACCAAGUCAUCGAACUAUCAAACCACCAAGUCAACAAGCCACCAAACCUCCAAGCCAUCAAGCCUUCAAGCCACCAAGCCAUCGAGCCACCAAGCCAUCAGCCCGCGAACCCAGAGGAAUCCGCCAGCGAGCAAGAAGCGGCCGGACUGGACGCCGGAUCAUCUCCCCGCGAAGCUCCGAGGCCGUCCGUGUUUGCCCCGCGGAGAGACAAAAUAUUGACACACGGGAUGAAAGUUUGACCCGACAACACACCGGGGAUUCAAAGCAGACUGGCGGGGCUCUUCCAGUUUUUCCAGAGCCCAACGCCCCAGUGAUCACGGCCGGCGAUCAAAGCAGCCGAGAACCGCCCUUCGCGAGCCUUUGCAUCCCGACGUUACACAGCCGCCGCCAGCAAAGGGGAACUCGCGGGAAUUCCUGUGCUGUUGAUGAGCUGGCUGAGGCGUCGCUGUUUCGGCGCCAGAAAAAGACUGGUCACUGCGGGCGACACAUCAUCUCGAAAGCGGCUCUGUCUCGAUCGGAUCGGUGCAACGCCAGUCGCCGGACCUCCCUCGCGCAACCUCUACAGGAAUCUGGGAGGGCUCUGGGAGGCUCUCGUGUGCCGGGCUAG